CUUUUGUAAUAGGAAGUGGUUUGAGUCUCAACACAGUGAUGAAAGAUGUUUGUCUUUGAACUGUUAGACCUGUUGCUGCUAAUACUACAGAUGGAAAAUUUUGUCAGAUGGAGAUGGUUGUUUUGACAUGAGCAAGUACUGAUAUGUUCCAGCAAAAAUGAACAUUAUUAUGCUUUGUUUAGCCUGUGUCUCUUUGACAGUGUGCAAAGAUCUUCAUCAGGAGCCCUCACCAACAAUGCACUACAAAACUAUCAAUGGAGAAGUGUUUAUGAUGCCAUGUAAGAAGUGGACAAGGAUUGAACAGGAGAUGUCUGCAGUGACUGAGAACAGCUUUGCUCAGUUCAAAGCUGAAGUAGCACACUCAGGAAAUUACACAUGUCUAACCAGGAAACAUCACUCAACUUUAACUCUCUGCACUCUGAGAAGCACAGAGAGUGGUGGUUGGCAGGUCCUCCAUCUCCAGGUUGUUGAUAACACAUUGGGAUGUUGGAGUGCCGAGAAGAGCAGAGUGACACUGUAUAUCGGAAUUCGAGGACAAAUCAUAUGUCCAGGGCACAGCUGCGGCAACAGCACCAGCACUGUCUGGUACAAGGGAAACAGGACUGUGUCUAAGUCAAAAAGAAAAAUAUCUUGCCCCACUGGACACCAUUGCCUACACACAGUACAGAAACAUCACAAUGGUGUGUUCUUCUGUGACCGAGAUCUGAGAGAGAGAGGGGUUAACUGGACCAUCAGGAGCUCUAUCACCGUAAAGGCUUUACAUCGUGGUAUAUACCCUCCAAGAAUCCUGCGUCCAGAGAAUAACUCAGUACAAGAGGCGGAGCUGGGUUUGAAUUAUACACUAAGAUGUGUGGUGGAUUUUCCUGAGGCAGAUCCACCAGGAGCCAUCCAGUGGUUCCUGAAAAACAAUGGCUAUUUAAAGAACAUGACAAUGGAGGAGAUCGAAAAUGAAGAAGUGAGUGAUUCAGAGAGAGUUAAAGUGGAGCUUCGGGUCAUUGGAAAAGCCGUGAUUGAACAGGUGACAUCCCAGGACAUAAACAGAACAUACAUCUGCAUUGCCCAAAACACAUCUGGAAAUGACAGUGCAACAAUCUACCUCAAGAAGAACAAUAAAAUAGAAUGGUCAUCUCUGAUUGAAUACACUUUGGGACCAAUACUGUUUGUGUCAGGUCUGGGGAUUGUUGUGCGUGUGAAGUGGCUGGAGAUACAGCUCAUUCUGAAAUCCCGCUGGACUUUUGAUAAAGCAGAUGUAGGUCACAAAGACUUUGAUGUAUUUUUAUCAAAUGUGUGGAGUACCACAUCUAUGGAGAUGGUUUCUUCUCCUCUGAGACACAACCACGAUGACCUAUUCCCAUUCUGUUUGGACCCUCUCCAAGUGGAAGUGCCUUCAGAGAGACUGGAGCUGCUCCUCCCCCAUGUGUUGGAGGACCAGUGGGGGUAUCGCCUCUGCCUGUUGGACCGGGACUUCCUGCCAGGGGGAGCUUACACUAAGGACGUGAUGAAUGCUAUUCAAAAAAGCCAGAUGCUGAUCUGUCUUCUGUCGGCUGAAUACUUCUCAGACAACAAUGCUGUAUUUGUGCUAGAAUCAGGAGUACAGGCGCUGCUGCAAAACUCCGGCUUCAAACUGCAGCUAAUAUGGACAAAAAAGGCCCCCGUUUCCUUGCCACAGUUGGACCCACCACUUCCUGUUGUCAUUCAAAAAGCUUUAAAAGUUCUACCAGCUCUCAAAUUUACAUCUGCAAAAAACACUGACUUCUGGAGGUGUUUGAGGAAAGCCAUGCCCCGUCAAAGACUCUCCUCUCUUCAGAAAUGAAUGGUACUUCUUUUUAAAAACCCAGAUUUAUCGCAAGUCAAGGAAAUUUCCACAGCUCAAUUGACAUUUCUACAUUUUAUGGAAAUGUGUAUAAUUUGGGGCUGUGCAGUUAAUAUAUAAUUUUAAUAGAUUUUUAAUCAAGAUUCAAUCAUUUCUAAUCAGCAAUGAUCAUCUUAAGUCUUUUUAAUGGAGAAGUGUACAGCCAAUUCUCUGUGAUUAAAAGUAUGUGGUGGAGCAGAA